GUUGGGCCCGGGGCAGCCGCAGUGGCCCGCGUCUCUUGCGGGAGGGACCUCAGCUGCGUCCCGGAGGUGGCGGGCACGCUGGGGGCGGUCGCCAGGCAGGGGUUUGAUUUCCUUUGCAUGCCCAUCUUCCACCCCCGUUACAAAAGAGAGUUUUUCCAGGACCCAGCAAAAAAACGACCAGGACCCCAGACUCGCUCGGACCUUUUGCUCUCAGGGAGAGACUGGAACACACUGAUUGUGGGCAAACUGUCCCCGUGGAUCCGGGCUGAUUCUAAAGUGGAGAAGGUGCGGAGGAAUUCUGAGGCGGCCAUGUUGGAAGAGCUGAACUUUGGGGCCUACUUGGGGCUCCCGGCAUUCCUUCUGCCCCUGACGCAGGCAGACAACCCCAACUUGGCACGAGUUCUGUGUAAUCACAUCAAUACCGGGCAUCAUACUUCCAUGUUCUGGAUGCGGGUCCCGCUGCUGGCCCCAGAAGAUUUGCGGGAUGAUGUGAUAGAAAAUGAAGCUGUGCAGGGGGCAGAGGAUGAGUGUGCCGGCGAGGAGAAGACCUGGCAGUGGUGGCACAACUUCCGGACGCUGUGCGACUACAACAAGCGAGUUGCCGUGGCCCUGGAGGUGGGCCCUGACCUGCCGUCCAAUCACGUCAUCGACCGCUGGCUGGGGGAACCAAUCAAAGCGGCCAUACUUCCCACCAGCAUCUUCCUGACCAAUAAGAAAGGCUUCCCUGUUCUCUCCAAGAUGCAUCAGCGCCUGGUCUUCCGCCUGCUUAAGCUGGAGGUGCAGUUCAUCAUCACCGGUGCCCAUCACCAUCCAGAGAAAGAGUUUUGCUCCUACCUGCAGUACCUCGAGUACCUCAGCCAGAACCGUCCUCCGCCUUCUGCCUACGAGCUCUUUGCAAAGGGCUACGAGGACUAUCUCCAGUCCCCGCUGCAGCCCUUGAUGGACAACUUGGAAUCCCAGACCUAUGAGGUGUUUGAGAAAGAUCCUAUCAAGUACUCCCAGUACCAACAGGCAAUAUACAGAUGCCUGCUAGACCGUGUGCCUGAGGAGGAGAAAGAAACCAACGUCCAGGUGGUGAUGGUGCUCGGCGCCGGGAGGGGCCCUCUCGUGAACGCCUCGCUGCGGGCCGCUCGACAGGCCAACCGGCACAUCAAGAUCUAUGCUGUGGAGAAGAACCCCAACGCCAUCGUCACGUUGGAGAGCUGGCAGUACGAGGAGUGGGGCUCCCAGGUAACGGUGGUCUCCUGCGACAUGCGGGAGUGGGAAGCGCCCGAGAAGGCUGACCUCAUGGUGUCGGAACUGCUGGGCUCCUUCGCUGACAACGAGCUAUCCCCGGAGUGUCUGGACGGCGCGCAGCAUUGCCUCAAAGAAGGGGGAGUGAGCAUCCCCUGUGAUUAUACCUCGUUCCUGGGACCAAUCUCGUCCUCGAAGCUCUACAACGAAGUGCGUGCCUGUCGUGAGAAAGACCGAGACCCCGAGGCCCAGUUUGAAAUGCCCUAUGUUGUCCGACUUCACAACUUUCACCAGUUAGCACCUCCAAAAGCUUGCUUUUCCUUUAAGCACCCGAAUCCAGACAUUGUCAAAGACAACAACCGUUACCAGUCCCUCGAGUUCCAGGUCGAUGUGAACACAGUGCUUCACGGUUUUGCUGGCUACUUUGAGACGACUCUCUAUGGAGACAUCACUCUGAGUAUUCGGCCUGAGACUCACUCACCAGGAAUGUUUUCAUGGUUCCCCAUUUUCUUCCCCAUCAAGCAACCCAUAGGCGUACAGGCAGGGGACCGCGUCCGAGUGGCCUUCUGGCGUUGCAGCAACUCCAAGAAAGUGUGGUACGAGUGGGCUGUGGUCUCUCCAUCAUGCUCUGUCAUCCACAAUCCCACCGGACGUUCCUACACCAUUGGACUGUGAACAGCAGUCCGGCCCUUUCCCCUAAAGUUCCUCUUGCCUCCAACUCGAGACACAAAAGACCCUCCGCUCCAGAGUUACUGCAAGAGACUGGUUUUUUCCUUUCCCGUAUUGAGGCAUCAGGUGUUCAGCAGGAGAAGGUCAGGAGAACAUCCUUUGUUCGAAUCCUUCUCUGGUAUUGAUCGUGUUUUUUUCUGGUCAGUGGAAUUUCAAUAAAGUCACUGAAAUGUG